GUUCGUUUCGCACGUCAAUUCUACUCGACCGACCAGAUCGAGCAGCGCUCACCACCUUUGCUCGACGAAAGUACCACGUCAGCGAGCUCUUCAUGGAGGCACGGCAGCAGCAGAGACGAUGGCUUGCCCUGGUGGCGUGGGUAUUUGUCUUCGGCGCUAACUUUGCCGCAGCAAUGGAAUGCCCAAACUCGUGCGGGACCCCCGAAGGCAUUGGGUUUUGCAAGCACGUUUCGUUCGCGACGUGCCGCACUGAAGAGUCUUGGGAGGCACAAGACAUUGCUGCAGCAAAAGGGUUCAUUAGCAUGAUGAAUCCCGACGCGAAUCGCACGACGUACGUGGAUGACGAGGGUAAGUUCACAGGCUUUGCUUCCGUGUUCCCGCAGACCAACACGUUUCUCAUGAACGAAACGGACCCAUGUCAUAUCAUCAUGCGUCGACUCCAAUGCGCGCUCCAUUUCCCUGUUUGCGAGAUCGGCAGUGACUUCAACCGACUCUGUGUCAAGUCGUGCCAAGAAAGCAUCAGGAAGCAGUGUCCGCAGAUGGCGGGAUUCUGCGCCAGCCAGCGCGCAGACGAAUUUGAGCCAGCGCCAAAGUGCUUCCAAGUCGACUACAAGGGCCCUGCUGUCGGCAUGUGGAUCGCCGGGUUCUCGAUCUCGCUCGUGUUUUCCAUUCUCAACUCUGUCGGGAUCAAUUUGCAAAAGUACUCGCUGUCGCAGCACUCCAACUCGAACAAGACGUCGUUCCAGCAACCGCUGUGGGUCCUCGGCAUGGUGUUUGUGAUUCUUGGGUCAAUUCUCGAUUUUGUCGCGUUCGGGAUGGCGCCGCAGACGCUCUUGGCGCCGCUCGCUGCACUCUCUCUCGUUUGGAACAUGUUCAUUGCCCCAUUUUUUCACAAAGAGAAGGUCACCCGUCGCAACUUGGUCGCGACUGCAAUCAUCUUUGUUGGGGUCACGAUCACCGUCAUCUUUGCCGGCCACUCCACGCCCACCUACGACCUGGACGACCUCAUCUUGCUCUACCAGACGCCCGUCAUGUACGCGUACAUCACGUGCGUCGUGCUCUUCCUGCUCAUUAUGUUUGGAGCGACGCGAUACAUUGAAAAGAACCACGUGUACGAGGACGGGUUUUUCCACAUCGUGUGCUACGGCGGGAUCGCGGGCACAUUUGGCGGCCAGAGCGUGUUGCUGGCCAAGUCGACAGUCGAGCUUCUCAAGUCUGCGAUCUGGGGCGACGGCGCCGAUGCCUUUGUUCACAUCACAACCUACGUGAUCAUUGCCGGCUUGGUCACGUGCCUGCUGUGUCAGAUCUCGUUCUUGAACGGCGGGUUGAAGCGCUUUGACGCGCUGGUCGUGAUCCCGGUGUACCAAAGUUUCUGGAUCCUGAUGAGUGUCCUUGGCGGGAUCAUGUACUUCGAAGAGUACGUGAGCAUGACGUCUCUUGAGAAGUACAUGUUCACGGCGGGCGGGGUCAUCACGAUCAGCGGCAUCGUGUACCUUCUCCAAGGAUCGAGCGAGGACAGCGGGGGAUCCACCGCGUCCGGCAAGUACUUGGAGCUCGCCAACGCGGCCACUCCUUCCGACGCAUGGAACACGGACGACUCAGACGAAGAACAGUUCCAACAAAAAGCCGACGACGAUCUAGACGAAGUUGUGCUAGAUAGCCCAAUCCACAGCACGUCACCCAAGAACCCCAAGACCCAAGUGUCACCGACAGACGGCCCCCUCGACACGGACAGGAAGAAACCCAAGAAGGAUGAAUUCAUUUGACGUCGAUACGUCGCGGAAGUUCCUCGUACUACAGACACCAUUACAAUUUACAUGCGUUCAUAAACCAUCAUGUCUUCUUUCCACGGAAUCCGACGACGAGCGGUUGAUGGUCGGAUAGGCCUUCACCAACCACCCGAGUCGCAGCAAAGGGCGAGCGAGCAACCAGGCCACAAGUCGAGCUCGCUGCUCCUUCGUCGACACGGGCCAAGACUACCCCCACGUGUACCACUCGACAAGGCAUGGCUCGCCAACACGCUAGUUCCGCAAGUCAUCGGCGCUUCUUCCCUGGC